AUGGCGUCCGACGGAAAACACGAGGCUCUCCAGCCCCUGCACCCCUCCAUGGCCGGCAAGCUGGACCCAGCCUUCGAGAAGCUGUACAACGACAACGUCGCGACCAAGCCGCUCAAGCCAAUUGAUCUGGGGGCGCUGCGAGGCAACUACUCGCUGCUCUACAGCUACGGAACGGCUGCAGCACCCGAGGUUGGACGCAUCUACGACGACGUGAUCCCCCUCGCCGACGGGACGCAGCUGGCCGUGCGCGUCUACGAGCCCGAGACGCCAGGCCCGUGGCCCGUGCAUCUGGACUUCCACGGCGGCGGCUGGGGACUGGGGGAUCUGGAUACGGAGAGUCACAUUUGCAAGCACUACUGCAAAAAGGCCGGCGUGGCGGUCGUCGACGUGGCCUAUCGCCUGGUGCCCGAGUUUGCCUAUCCCACGGGCGUCACAGACAGCUUCGCCGCCGUCGAGCACGUCCACAAGCAGGGCGCGGCCAGGUUCAACAUCCGCCCGGACAGCAUCUCGGUCGGCGGCGUGUCGGCAGGCGGCUUCAUCGCGCUGGCCGUGGCGCAUCUGGCUCGCGACGCCGGCAUCGCGCUGCGGCUGGUGGCUGCGGGAACACCCGUCGUCGACGACAUCUCGCAGUACGCCACGGCCGCCGACUCGCCCUGGCCGUCGAUGCAGGAGAACGAGUUCGCACCGACGCUCAACUGGGCCCGGCUGGCGUGGUUUGACAAGCUCAAGUUGUCGACGCUGCCCACGGAGCCCGAGGCGCACAAUGCCGCCAAGGAGCGAAUCGGCUGGCAGAACAACCUGCUCAAGGCGCCAAACUUCGAGGGCCUGGCUCGCACGCUCAUCUACACGGCCUCGGCCGAUCCGCUGCGGGACGAGGGCGAGAAGUACGCACAGGUGCUGGUCGAGAAUGGGGUCGAGGUAACGCAACGGCGCUUCCCCGGUGUCCCGCAUCCAUUCAUGCACAUGGACGAGGCGCUGUGGCAAGGGAGAGAGUUCAUUGACAGCACCGCCAGGGAGAUUCGGACGGCUCACUCUGACUCGUGA